AUGUCUGCUGAAGCUUCCGUCUCGUACGCCGCCCUUAUCUUGGCCGACGCUGAACUCGAACUCUCCUCCGACAACUUGUUGGCCCUCACCCAGGCUGCUGGUGCCACCGUCGACGCCGUCUGGGCCGACGUUUUCGCUAAGGCUUUGGAGGGUCAGAACUUGAAGGAGUUGUUGUUCUCUUUCGCUGCUUCUGCUCCAGCUGCUUCUGCUGGUGCUUCUGGUGCUGCUGCCGGUGGCGCUGCUGCUGUUGAGGCUGCUGAGGAGAAGGAGGAAGAGGCUGCUGAGGAGUCUGAUGACGACAUGGGAUUCGGCUUGUUCGAUUAA